AUGUGUUCACCAUGUUGCUGUAAUUUUGGCUCAACGUGCCCAGCUAUAUUGCCCUGUGGUCGCGAGCCUUGCUGCACUUCGUGUCCGCCGCCACCCAUGUGUUGUAAGCCAUGCGUCCCGCCUCCAGUUCCGUGCACGCCUUGUCUACCAUGCCGAUGCCGGCCGGUGUUUAGACAAUGUCCUGCGCCUGUUAUACCUGACUUAGUACCACCAAUAGUACCCAUAUUACCAGCGUGCAAGCCUCGACGCUGUCCACCUCCAGAACCUUGUUUACCUCCUCCUCAGCCUGUUUGCAGUCCACCGGUGCUACCAUGCUGCCCUCCACCGCCACCAUGUGAUCCACCACCGGUGUAUCCCUGCCCAGACCCAAUACCUUGUUACCAACCAGUGCUCCCGCGAUGCAACCCUCAAUGUCCACCACCUAUUUUACCAAAACAACGUCCUAUUUGCCCUAGAGCUCCUCCUGCACCAUAUCCAUGCCUUCCUGUAUGUCGCAGCUGUUGUCCACAUUGUGAACUUGAUCCAGUGACUCGACGUCGCCCUCUAAUUGUUCACGACAGUGUAUUCAAAACUAGGAAGUCUGGGUUACCUGCGGAAUGCUACAAAAGGUCUGAUCCCAGUGUACGAUACGAGAUAGAAAACUAUGUGAAACAGGGUCCUCAAAGCGGUUGCUGUGUACCAAUUCGUGUACCCAUGUUUUAA